AUGAAAAAAUCUAUAGAUGUCGAUCCAAACGGAGCUCUAAACUCGUGGAAUCGAACGACAAAUUUCUGCAGAUGGAACGGAAUCACAUGCGGCCGCAUGCACCCGGACAGAGUUGUUGCCAUAAAUUUGGGUUCCGAAGGCUUGAUAGGAUCACUUUCACCUCAUAUAGGUAACCUCUCGUUCCUUCGAAUCAUCAGUCUUGGAAACAAUAGCUUCAGUGGCCGAAUUCCCCAAGAAAUCGGUCUUUUAAGACGACUUGAGUAUAUUGAAUUUUCGAACAAUUCUUUCUUUGGAUCAAUACCCAAAAAUAUGUCCCAAUGCAAAAGUCUAGUUUACGUCAACUUGAUCAACAACGAUCUAUCCGGAAACAUACCACUAGAGAUCAGCUUAUUGUACAAUCUCCAGUCUUUAUACUUGGGGAAAAACACAUUUUCAGGGCAUAUCCCUCAAACUAUAGGAAACCUAACAUCUCUCGGAGCAAUUUCGUUAAGGUUGUGCGGCUUGAUAGGAGAAAUUCCCAAAUCAUUCUCUCGGUUUCGAAGACCAAGUUUUCUUCAGUUAGCUCAAAACAACCUAACUGGCACAAUUCCUCCAGGUCUAUUCAAUAUAUCCAGUAUCGUCUUUUUUGGAGUCGACAUCAAUCGACUUCAAGGAUCAAUACCCUCUAAUGUAGGCCUCACUCUACCUAAUAUGAGGGGUCUGCACUUGGGUGAGAAUCAAUUUAGUAGCCAUGCAUAUUCCAAUUUCACUCUCAAAUGCUUCCUCGCUCGUAGAGUUACUCCUAGCAGAUAAUCAUUUUAGUGGGCCAAUGCCAAGGUUCGGAGAGCUUUCAAAUCUUCGUUGCUUGUUCGUCGCCGGAAACAUUAUUGAAGAUGAUAUUAGUUUUGUUUCGUCACUCACGAAUUGUACGAGUUUACAAGGUAUCGAUGUAGGUGAUAACCCAUUCGUUAUUGGUUCGAUUACGGACACAAUUGCCAAUUUGUCCAGCCACCUUGAGAAACUAGGAAUUUAUCUUACUCAAAUAGUCGGAAAAAUUCAUUCGGAAAUCGGGAGCCUUGUUGGUCUCAAGCACUUGAGACUUUCCAACAACAAUCUAGAAGGUCCUAUUCC